AUUUGUUUUGUUUUGACCGACUUCGCUGUACUUUUCAAGAGGGAAACAAACGAUGCGUGGUCACUGAUCUGGGAUUCGAAUUUAAUUUAAUUUAAUUAUUAUAAUUUUUCAUAAAGCGUGAAGAAAAAUAAAGGGGUUAAACAUUCUAGUAGAACAAAAAUCACGAGGGACUUUUUAGAUUCUUCCUUCGUUUCAAAGCAUAUUAAAAGUGUUGUUGAUCUCAUUUUUGCUUUACUAUACAUGACCCAAAAUUAGGGUUAAAGUUUGGAAUUUUUUUUUUUUUUUUUUUUUGUUUUGCUUUUUUUGAUUUCCAUUUUCUCAGAAGUAAUUUUGAAGAAUGGAUUAUCAGAAGAAAAGGGUCCAAUUUCUGCUAUUCACAAUUGGCGUCGUAGUUCUCAGCAUCACAGCUGAAAAAUGUCGGCAGCUAGUUGGGGAAGAGGCUUCAUCUCAGAGUGGGAAGUUUACAUUCUUGAACUGUUUUGACAUGGGCAGUGGAACACUAGCAUGUGGUGUAAAGGAAGGAGUGAAGUUAUAUUUCUACAACAUUAGGUCUGCGCACGUUGAGAGAGUGAGGCUGCAUGCAUUCGAAAGUGCAAAGGCCGAUGCAUUGGUCCAGGGAAUUUCUGCUGUAGAGGCAGAAAAACGAGCACUGAAAGAAGGAGCAAAGGCAGCAAAGCUGGCAAAACGGCAAGCCAAGCGAAUAAUAGGUCCCAUUAUCUCUUCUGGGUGGGACUUCUUCGAAGCUAUAUACUAUGGUGGUACAAUGACUGAAGGUUUCCUCAGGGGUAGUGGCACCUUAGUUGGCGCCUAUGCUGGAGGCUUUCUGGGGGAGGAAAGACUUGGGAGAUUUGGUUAUCUUGUGGGAAGUCAUCUGGGUAGUUGGGUUGGAGGUAGGAUAGGACUAAUGGUAUAUGAUGUUGUUAAUGGAGUCCAUUACAUGUUUCAAUUUCUUCAAGCUGUAGAAGAUGAAGUUCAUGAAAGUCCUGUUUAUGAAAGUUCUGAAGCUUCUGAGGAAUCCUAUUCUUACUAGCUCCUCUGCAUAUGUGAGAAAUGAGAACCCCCUGGAAGAAAUGUCGAUUAUGAACUUAGGGUAAAACAGAUGAGGUUUUGGAUUCUAUACUUGAGAUUUUACUGUACAUUAGAUGGACUAUAAAUUCAUUGACUUUCAAAUUUGUGUGAUAUAACUCCUUGUUCGUGGAUAGUGUUGACAUUAGACGAGAUGCAUUUGCUUUUAUAGUAGAGUUUGCAAAUAUAUCGUGGAUGAUUGUAAAUGUUAUUGCUUUCUCUAAUUUUCUUUUAGGAAAAAGAAUGAAACAUGCUCGUCUUCUGAGUUAUGCAUUGGUUA